GGAGAGAGAAAAGGCGAAGGUAAAUCAGUCGAGUGAGGAUCUCCGACACGGCAUCAACUGCAGCGCACUAUCUGUCACCAUCUGCCUUCCUCAUCGUAUUACUAGUGCGGAAGCAUAGUGUUUAAAUUUAUUAAUUGUCUAGUUACUAUGGCGUCGUGCUGCUGUUGGGUGUUGUAUCGUUGAUGGCUGGGUCGACGACGAGUGUGCCGAUGUCUCCUGGGUAUGGCGGAUACCAAACCGCAACGCCGCCGCCUUACUACACAACAACAUACGCAACGGCCAUUUACUACACCGAGGCCUCCAAGUACUACACCACCAAGGCUCCAGAGUAUUAAACCACAACUUAUGAUGCCCCUGCCUACUACACCGAUGCCCCUAUUUACUACAACACCGAAAAGCUUAAGUACUACGCUAAAACCUACGCUGCCCCGAGCUACUACACCGCCGCCAAGAAGUAUAACUCUGCCCUGAGCUACAUCACCAGAGAGCCAGAGUACUACACCGAGGCUCCUAUGUACUACAUCAGUGAGGCACCGAAUAUUACACGACUUUGUAUGCUGCCCGUGUCUACUGCACCGAGGCCUCUAAUUACUACAACACCAAAGCGCUCAAGUACUACCACCUGCAUCUGUCCCCAUCUGCAUUCCUCAUCGUGUAACCGGUUCGCAAUUAUGGUUAAUUAUGGCGUCGUGCUGCUGUUGUGUGUUGUAUUGAUGAUGGCUGGGUCGACCACUGGUGUACCGAUGUCUCCAUGCGAUGGAGAAUACCAAACCGCAACGCCGCCGCCUUACUACACAACAACAAUUUACGCAACGACCAGUCCUUGCACCGAGGUCUUCAAGUACUACACAACUAAAGCACCGGAGUUUUGUACCACAACUUACGCUACCCUGAGCCACUACAAUGACGCCCUGAAGUAUUACUCUGCCCCGAGUUACUACACCACCAAGGCGACGGAGUACUACAUGACAACGCAUGCUGCCCCAUCCGACUACACCAAGGCUCCCAACUGCUACACCAAAACGGUCGAAUACUACACCGAAGUGGCAAAGUACUUCUCUGCCCCGAUCUACUCAACCAGAACUGAGGCGGUCAAGUAUUAGCAUCCCAACUUGCCACACAAAAGCUGCUCUUUCGUGCUACGUUGAACUGAAACACUACCCUGAUGCUCCAGUCUACUACACCACGGUCUUCCCUACAUCUAGCUACAACGCCGCAGCCCUUAAGUACUACACCGAAGAAGCCGCCUAUUACACAACCAAGUACUCUGCCUGGUAUACCACAUCGAGGAAUUUAAGUAUUACUCUGCUCCAAACUACUACCAUCUGAAGUUCAUAUGUAUUACACCAGCAAUUCUCCUGACUUUGUCACCACUACUUAUGUUGCUCCGACCUAUCGAAGUUCUGAAGUAUUUCACUGGAUGUGUUGAAAGAUUGCUGAAAUACAAGAUUGAUCGAUAAA